AUGGGCUCCGCCGGUCCCCUUCCUGCAUUCUUCCCCGUGGACAACUCCACGUCACCGUGCUGGCGCACGGAGCUGCAUCAACUCGAUAAGCUUCGAACAACCCCUGAGCUCCCUGAACAGAGCGACAUUGUCAUUAUUGGUGCUGGAUAUUCUGGCGUCAGCAUCGCGUAUCAUCUCUUGAAGCUGCAGGUGCAUCAGGAAAAACCGCCCUCCAUUACUAUUCUGGAAGCGCGACAAAUAUGCUCUGGUGCAACAGGUCGCAAUGGUGGCCAUCUCCGACCUGAUGUAUAUGGUCAUAUUCCGAAAUAUAUUGAGAGAUAUGGAGUCGAAGCUGGGGCAGAACUGGCCAAUUUCGAGAUUUCCCAUGUGAAAGCAUUCAAGGAUUUGCUUGCGGAAGAAGAAAUCGAUUGUGACUUUACUGUCACGAGAAAUAUGAAUGUCUAUCUCAAUGAUGCGGCUGCAGAAAAGGCAAAGAAGACGUACGAAGCUCUUGCAACCCAGAAACUGUCUUUCGUCGAUGACCUUUACUUUACACCGGAGAAAAAUGCAGAAGGGAUUUCCGGUGUCAAAGGUGCGAAGGCGUGUCUGUCCUACACGGCAGGUACCUUGUGGCCAUACAAAUUCAUCAUGGGGCUGCUCUCGAAGAUCAUCAAAUCCGACACCGUUAACGUCCAAGCAAACACUCCCGUCACUGAGGUGACAGCAGAUCCCAAUGGAUCUAGCCAUAUUGUUAAUACACCACGAGGAUCGAUCCGGGCAUCUAAAGUCGUCCAUGCUACGAAUGCGUACACACUCGGACUGUUGCCCGAAUAUUCAGCAAAUAUCAUUCCUUGUCGUGGAAUCUGCUGCCAUAUUGCGGUUCCUGAAGGCAAAAACACCCCAUAUCUGCCUUACUCCUAUUGUUUGGGAACAGAGAAUGGGGACGGUGGAAGUUAUCUGAUUUCGCGCCCAGAUGGAAGUAUUGUUGUUGGUGGAGCCCAGUAUACAUUCAAAAGUGCAAAGGAUCAGUGGUUCAAUGUAGUCGACGACAGCACACUGAUUGAACCCACCAAGAACUACUACAAUGAUUAUAUGCAGCGAACAUUUAAAGGCUGGGAGGAUACUGGAGCCUAUGUGAAGGAGAUUUGGACGGGAAUCAUGGGAUAUUCGUACGACUCCAACCCCCAUGUUAGUGACAUUCCAGGAAAACCUGGGCAAUAUAUCUGCGCCGGAUUCAAUGGUCACGGCAUGCCUGUUAUCUUACUUGCGGCCAAAGCUCUGGCCGAAAUGAUCUCCACAGGAAAGAGCUUCGAGGAGGUCCAGAUGCCUCGUCUGUUCAAAUCAACGACUGCGAGACUCGAAAAGGCUCAGAAGGGGCCAGAGGGAGGUGAUAUCCUGGCUUAA